ACUCGCUGUAAUUGGAUGUCGACGACGACGCUCAAAGAAAGGGUUAGUUUCCGACACUGCCUGAAUGCACCACUACUUCCUGUUUGGCGCACACUUCAGGUUGAUAAAAUGUCAAAACUACCGGGGAGCGCUGGCGUGACGUUGCUCGGCGACAAGUCCCUGGACUUUUACCGGGACCCGGUGAGCUUCUAUCUGCUGAAGUUGGAUAAACACGGCGGGAGAGUGUUCCAGAGCCGGCUGCUGAACAGACCCACGGUCUUUAUCUGCUCCGUCCAGGCAACGAGGGAGAUGCUGUGUGAGAAGUCCCACAUGUUUGUAAAGGAUCCCACUGACCUGAUGACCAGUGUGUACGGGGAAACCAUCGUCACCACUAACGGUGAGGAGGCGUGUCUGCUGCGUUUGUCCCUCAGCAGUCUGUUGACAGGACGUUGGUUGGAUUCAUCACGUGAUUAUAUCAGCAGUGUAUGUGAGCGCUGUCUGAAGGACCUUUCUCUCAGUGGGGAUCCCCAGUGUGUUUACUCUGGGAUCAAACGCCUGGGAACAGAGAUGGUUCUGGGUCUUUUUCUGAACGUACGAGCAGAGGAGCAGCCUGAACUCUUCCAGGAAAUCACACAGCUCUGCACACAACACUGGCACGGCCUCAUCUCUGCUCCAGUGAAGGUUCCUCUCUGGUCCUCAGGGUUCUCCACAGCCCUCGAUGCCAGAGACAGACUGAUGGCCAUCAUUAAAGACAAACUGGAGAAUGACCAACAGGGAUUUGUGGGCUGUGUCAGGUCUCUGCCGCUGCCUCACUCCAGCUCUGCCUCGCAGCAUCUCCUGCUCUUCAUCUCUGCUCUUAUCCCCAAGGCUUUGGCUUCACUGCUCACCUCCUUCACGUUGGCACUGGCUGGGAACAAUCAGAAAGAGACACGUCAGAGAGCCAGAACAAACUGUGGUUACCUGCAGGCCAUCCUGCUGGAGGUGCAGAGACUCUGGCCUCCAUUCAUCGGGGGGAGGAGAAUCGCUGUUCAGGACUCCACCCUGGCAGGGUUUCAUGUCCCUAAAGGUCACACUGCCGUCUACAUCAGCCAUGGCGUCCACCGUGACCCAGAGGUGUUUCAGCAGCCUGACAACUUCCUGCCGGAGCGCUGGAGUGGAGGUAAUGCAGGCCAGGAGCAUCUUCUGUGUUCUUUUGGUGGUGGACCCCGGAACUGCAUUGGAUCUAAACUUACCCACAUUGUCCUUAAGGAAGUGUGCCUGUACCUCCUAGAGAACUACCACUGGUGUUUGGACCCUCCAUCACAGGACCUCCAGUAUAAAUGGCUGCCUGUGUCUCGACCCAACAACCCUCCCACUGUGACUUUCACGAAACUGGAUCAGUCCGGAUCUGACAGGAAGGACAACAACAUCGGAACCAAGGCCGAAAAAUAAUGACACGUAAGAGCAGGAGACGAUCAAACUGAAAAUGGGUUUUAUUUUAUCUCUGUGUAUUUGUACAUAUACAGCAUGUGUAUUUGUACAUGUACAGCAUGUGUAUUUGUACAUGUACAGCAUGUGUAUUUGUACAUGUACAGCAUGUGUAUUUGUACAUAUACAUCAUGUGUAUUUGUACAUGUACAGCAUGUGUAUUUGUACAUAUACCGCAUGUGUAUUUGUACAUAUACAGCAUGUGUAUGUACUGACUACUCUGGACUUUUCUGGACUUCUCUGGACAGAGCUUUGUUUUUGUCACCUUUAUUAUUAAUGAAUCAUUCACAGAACUGCAGUUUUCAAAAGGUCAAAACACCAAACUUUACAGCUCAUCAAACACAACAGCUUUUUAAUGCUGUCAUCAAUCACACACAGCAUUCUGAAUACAUACACUCUGGCAUUUUCAUAAGAAUACAUUGAUAGAAAUCUGUGGUUUUCAUGAGCUAAAAAUUACUAUUUUUAACGCCACAGAAAUAAAUCCAAGAAUCAUGCACACACACACACACACUCGCGCACACACACACAAACACUGAGGUAAACCCUCGGAUUUCAUCACUGACUGAAAACCUGAGCCACCCCCGUCUGCAGACUCUCCUCCACCACGUAGCAACCACUGCUGCUUAGCAACAGUUCUUCAUCCUGACACUGAGACGCCUCGCUUUAGUAUUCAGGACGCUUCCUCACUCCAACACACACGCACACUAACUCAGGUUAUUUUGGAAUUUGUUCACUUGGCAGUGAUCUGUACGGCAUCUGAAUCACAGGAAGACGAUGCCAGGAGGCUGUUAGCAGCCGACGCCGACGCCAAUGUCAGUGACGGAAUCAUUAAACAAACCAGACUGUGUGUGUAAUUAAGUUGGUAUUUAUUUAUGGAUUAAACAACGUCGCAGUCCCUUUCAAAUGUGAAAUUUUGAUUCCUCAUGUAAAUACUUUAAGAUACACUGUCUUUCACAGUGUGUAUUAGACUAAAGAGUCACAAAUAUAAUGAAUGUAAAUGUCAUCCUUGAACUGGGUCAAACUUCUUUUACUUGUUAUACUUAUUAUUUAAGACACCUAGCCUGAUAGCAUGUAGCUAAAAGGGUCAGUUUUUCAACAAAGAUAUGAAAUGCUAACUCUGUUACCACCUUAAUGGCUUUUUUGGACUUUGGACCAUUGAAAGAAAAAAAGAUCAUGUGUCAUAGUCGUGUCUCAGAUGAUGUUGUUCUUACCUCACGCAUACACACAAACACACACACAUCUGUAGGCCCUGUAAAAGCUGAAAUAUCCUGCAGGCACUUUCUUGUGCUCUCUCUCUCUCUCUCUCUCUCUCUCUGUCUGUCUCUCUCUCUCUCUCUCAUAAAUUGCUCACACUCCCCUUCCCUCCUCUACUCAAGCCAGUACGUUAUUAUUUAAUGUUCACAUGAGUUUUGGUAACGUUAAACAUUUCAUUUAGAGUUUUAUAUCGUGAAACAUUAAUAAUCAUUUCUACAGUUGAUUUUACCGAGGCAAGUACACAGUCCUAGCCAUAAAUACAAACUGAAAAUUGGCAAAAUAUUAUUUUCUGUUUUUAGCUUUGGUUUCAUUUUCCGGUUUUAUAUAAGUGCAUGUCUAACGUUUACCUUUUUUACUAGUAAGUACAAUAAGUUCACUAUAAUGUAUAUUAGACACGGCUAGAGGUUCAGUCAGAGUCAGGAACCAAACGUUAAGAGUUGUUUAAAUCACCUUUUUAACGAGUCUUAUUUCUUAAUUACUCCUUACACUAUUAUAGGUACUGUACUGUACUGUAGUAUUAUACCUACACUAUUAUAGGUACUGUACUGUACUGUAGUAUUAUACCUACACUAUUAUAGGUACUGUACUGUACUGUAGUAUUAUACCUACACUAUUAUAGGUACUGUACUGUACUGUAGUAUUAUACCUACACUAUUAUAGGUGCUGUAUUGUAGUAUUGUAG